AACGUUACUUUUUGAGUAGUACCUUGUGUGUAAGAUGCAUUAUGAUUGAAAAACACCCUUAUUCAAUUUUAACUACAAACUUUAGUUUUCAAUUCAAUUUAACCUAUACAUAUCAUGUAUAUACAUAUAUAUAUACACAACUCGAGUGAACGCAGCGCGCGCAACAGGUUUGUGAGUGAGGCCUGAGGGAUGAUUCCGAGAAAGAAAUUGAAGCUGGGCCUGGGCCUCGAAUGGACAAGUUAGCUAUUUGACCCGCGAUGCCUUGAUGACCUUCUUUGAAUUCGGAGUGCGAAGAACGUUUGCUGCACGGCCACGCUCUUUGAUCCAGUGGGAAUGUAUAAAAUUCCAUUAUCAGUGCCUUUAAGAUUUGAAUUUUAUUAAAACACGCUUAUUGAGAUAUUAAGAUGUCUUAUGAUAUUGCAAACAAUCUCCAACGGCAGGAGGAUGAAAUGGCUGUCCUUUCCAGUAUCUACGACGAAACAGAGUUCUUCUAUACGAGGAGCGAGUACACAAAAUGCUCGAUCAACAUACAUCCAAAAUUCUUGAAACUAGAAGUAAAGUUCACUAGCGAUUCCGAUGUGGUUCCCAGCGAUAUCAUCUUUGUAGAGCACCUGCCGCCAAUCAGCAUAUACAUUUAUCUCCCUAAUAAGUAUCCAUCUAAAGGACCACCACAUUUCUACCUUUCCAUUAUCUGGUUGACGCCUUGGGAGAUAUCUUUACUCUGUCAGAAAUUGGAUGAAAUAUGGAAAGAAAACCAGGGCAAUGAGAUUAUCUUUCUGUGGCUAAAUUUCCUACAACAUGAUGUCUUCAAUUUUCUAAACAUACGGGAAUCCUUAGACGUUUCCUUCUUGCAUUUAAUUCAUACGCAAUGUGAUAAUGUUACAUUACGCCUAAUCAAAUCAUCCGAUUCCCGAGCUCAAAAUGGUGCAUUGUUUUCAGAUAUAAAAAGAUUAUUAGUAUCGUAUAACAAAAAGCAACAUAAAACAGAAUUUCACAUGAAAAUUUAUACUUGCUUUAUAUGCUUCGAGGAAUAUGCAGGACUAAAUUGUAUAGAAUUGGAAAACUGUGGACACGUCUACUGCAGAAGUUGCAUGCAGAAGCACAUAAGUAUCAGGAUUAUUGAGUAUAUCAAUGAGAUAUUGUGUCCAACGGUCGACUGCAAGCACAAAAUAAGCGAUAACGACGUCAAGGCUCUCUGUCCGGACUUGUUUAAGCAAUACGAAGAAAUCAUGUUACGAGUAACAUUAGACACCAUGGAUGACGUAGUAUACUGUCCACGAAUUUCUUGUCAAUAUCCGGUUAUUAGAAACCUGAAUGAUGACGCACCGAUCUGUCCCAUCUGCGAGUACUGUUUUUGCGUCUAUUGUCGUAAGAUGUAUCAUGGACAAGAACCAUGCGAUAUGACAUCGACCGAUACUAUAAAGCUCAUUGACGAGUACAAAAGUAGCAGUAAUAAAGGAAAACAGAUGUUAGAGAAGAAAUAUGGAAAACGGCAAAUGCAAUUAAUUGAAAAAUAUCUUACGACUGAGUAUCUGCAAGAUAAUGCGAAAAAUUGCCCGAAAUGCCGUUCUUUCAUAAGCAAAAUCGAUGGUUGCAACAAAAUGACAUGUAAACAUUGCCAAUCUUCUUUUUGCUGGCUGUGCAACGAACAGAUAUACGGAUACGAGCACUUCAACAGCGUCGACAGUCAGUGUUACAGGCUUUUAUUUGAAGGCAUACAGACAAAUGUUAUGGAUUACGUUGAUAAUGAAAUGAACGUAAAUCGCUUCUUUGAAGAUCUCAAUAUUUAAAUAUGUAUAACAGAAACUUCGAUAAAUAAGAUUCUUGACAUUAGGCUUUUGAAAAGUCAAUUAAAAAAAAAAAAAUAUAUAUAUAUAUAUAUAUUUUAAUAUGACAUGAAAGAAAUGAUUAUUUUUUAGAUAUCAAUUAUGGAAUUUUUGACAAUUGUAAUUUGCUAUUUCACAUUUUAUAUUAACACAUAUGUAAACUUGAAGAACUCAUAUAUUCCUCAAAUAUUUUUUGUAUAAUAUUCUAGUUAUUGAAAAUGCUUAUUAAUGGUUAGUAUUACAUAUAUUUGUAUAUAUGCAAUAUAUUUGCAUAACAUUACAGCAUAUUUUUGUAUUUAGUAUAUAGGAAUCUAGGAUACUUAGUUGUAAACAUUAGAUAUAAUCAUUUUGUUUAUAUUUUGUAUUUUUCAUUUUCCAGUUUGUAAUAAAAUAUUUUAUAAAAA